CAGUACAGGGAUCUUGGGCUGGUUCUGACAGUGUCUCCCGACAUCCAGUGGACCUGCACAAAUAUCGAAUUUCGCCUUGGAUCUGGAGUGAUCCUUCUGAUUUCUACACAGAUGCACGUAAUAGUAAACACACUCAGCACCCAUUCCUCCUCCUCCUCCGCCCACACACACGACGCAGCACCCUUUCCUCCUCCUCCACACACACGUACACAAAGCCUCCUGCCAAAUGGCUAAAUGGGAUAAAGGCUACGUAUGGAUGACAGAGAGGCUAAUCCCCUCUAUACCACCAGGACCAGCCUCCGGAGCCUUCAGCCUCUCUUCAAAUUAAAUCAAUCCUGACAGCUCUGCCUCCCUAAGUCCUCUCCCAGCUCACCUAAACCCAGUUCCAGAAAGAUGCUUCACUACUGAGGGGCAACAAGGCUGAGUCCAUCCUGAACUAUGUGAGAGCUGAGUUCAAUGGCAUCGUCCUGGGAGAUUCCCAUAAGCUGGAUGCUGCUGUGGAUCAGGGCGUGGAUUACAACUUCACCUGCAGCUUUGAGUGCUCAGAUGCUGCCCACACAUUAGAUGACAUGGCACACAAACCUGUCAUAUGUGAGCUACUACUAACUAAUCCAUUAUUAUGAUGAGUGCUGCUUGUUUCAGAUGUUAAAGCCACUAUUUAUGUUGACGAUUGAUCCAUAUCCUCAUUGUACCGUGUCUCCCUCGUUCAGCCAGUUGUUCACCAAUCCACGGUUGCUUAGCACAUUAAUCUGUCGUUGCCGUUGUCAUUUAGUGACAGUGAUUGAGGUCCUUCCCAAGGAGAAGAAGCAGAAGGAGGAGAAGACUGCAGUUAUAGGGCAAGCUAUAGUGGACUUGCUACCUCUCUUGCAUGGUCAGGUCAGCUUCUUCUCCACUGUGCUACUUCAUCCAACUCCUGGCUCACCUGCAGAGGCAGCCUCACAGGAUGGCAGCUGUAAACCAUCUCUAGACGUGACCGUCUGUGUUCCCGAGCCUCUGCUAUCCGGCGUCCAGCUGUCUGACUCCAACCUGCUGAAGGUUACUGUGGAGACAGCUUACUCUGUUCCGGAGGUGUGGAACCCUGUCUCUGGGUCUGGUCCUCUCUCCAGCUAUGUGGCUGCCCUGCAGGUUCCCCUCACUGCAGAGAAAGAGCAGGUGCUGAUGUUCUCCAAUGGGCUGCUGAAGGUGGGCGGGGAGAGUGAACCUAUGGGAAGACCCAGGAAGUGGCCCCUGGGUCCCCUGUUGGCUCCUGGAGCUCAGUUCAUACCAGGUGCCUCCAUGGAGGGAGAGCCCAUUGAGAUGGAGGAUGGGGAUCUCACCAGCAUAGAGGACAGGGAUUUCCGGAAAGAAGCGGAGACCAAUAAGAAGAGAGUGAGCUGGGACACAGAGCGUCGUUGCUUUCUGGAUGCAGAUGGUGCAGCCUGUCUGACCCGUAGGAUAGCAGAAAGCAGACUGUGGCCAGUAGAGGUCAUGAGGUCACCACAGGUUGGAGCCACUAAAGGAGGGAAGGCUGGCAAAGACAAGGGAGGUGAGGAUGAGACCCAACUCUCCUUCCAUGGAGUGGCAUACGUGGACAUGGCGCCCCUGUUGUACCCCGGGGCGAGGCGUGUCCGUGGAGCGUACCGGCUCUACCCCUUCUACGACUCUGACCUACUGGUCAAGGCUAAGAGAAACAUCAGUGUUCUGAGAGAGAGUAUCAGGGCUCCGGCCACCCAGGGCCGAGGUAGGGCCCCCUCCUCCGUAGGCUCCUGCAAGGCGGUCCCUAGUAAGAUGUUUGACGGCGGUCACAAGGGCGGGAAGGACACCAAGGAAUCGCCCAAAAGGCCCGGGACACAGGGGAAGUCAGCACCCAUUGGCACUGAUAGUGUGACGCUGGUUGAAACUGAACAGCAGCAACAAGUGAACACAGAGGGUCAGAUGUAUGCAGAUUCCAGAACCUACAUCAUCAUUGAAAUCGCUCUUGAGAAAUCGCUGGUGCCAAAGAGAUCACCGGAAGAGUUAGCCAAAAGGGUGAUGGAGCUGAUACCUCCUAGAGCUCCUUUGCCUCGCAGACCUGCUGGAGCAGAGAGAGCUGUGCAGGAGUACCAGGCCCAGAUAGCCAGUGUGGCAGGCCAGGUGUUGGAGCAGUACCAGCAGCUGUUCGGGCCUGCCUUCCUGCCCGGAGAGAAGCCUCUGGACCCAACCAGCCAGGAGCAGCGCAAGACCAAGCUCCUGGGAGAACUCAACUAUUCUGGGAAGUACUUUGCUUUCAAGGAGCAGAUUAAGUACUCUGUGGUGCGUAUCGUGAGGGAGAAGAUGCUGCGGACCGAGGCCUUCUCAGAUCCUGAGCAGCUGCAGGCCUUCCUCAGCCAGCUCUAUGUGUUCCUGGUGGACGAGAUGCACGUCGCCCUCAACAAGACGUUGUCAGUGGAUGCCCAGGAGACUCAGCCUCGCCCCCUGGUGGACUGUGCCCAGCUCAUCCACUUUGCCAAGGAGGCCCAGCUCAACGGGGACUACCAGCUAGCUGCCGAGUACUACCAGGAGCAGCUGACGCGUGACCGUAGCGACCCAGCCCACUGGUUUGACUACGGGGUGUUGUACAUGCUGACGGCUGACUACCAGAAGGCUGAGGAGUGCUUCCACUACGCUGUGUCCAUGGAGCAAACACACCUGCCCAGUUUGCUUAUGUGUGGUAUCCUGGCAGAGAUGGGUGGACGCCUUGAGGAGGCAGAGACAUUCUUUGAAGGAGCCACGUGUGUGGACCCGGCCAAUGUGGUGGCCUGGACUCUGUUUGGCCUGUUCUAUGAGGGCCAGGAGAACUCCAUCCAGACAGAGAUGGCCUUCCUGGAGGCCACCAAGCAGCAGAGGGCAGCCCUGGUGGUCACCCCACCCUGCAGGGUGGAGACAAGGGUGGAGUCACCAGACCUGGGAGAGGAGGAGCAGGAGGUGGCGAACUGUGAGUCUUUCACCAUCGAGCCAGACGUGGAUGGAGACACAGAAGCCAGUGUGGUGACCGGGUCUCAGAGCUGCCAGGGCAACAAGCCUGGGGAGGGAUACAAGGGAGGUGCUGAGGCUGAACCUAGUGCCAUGCGACACCUAGCAACCCCCACCAGACUAAACACCACCAUCUAUAUGGAGACAGUGCAGUUCCUGCUGCAGAACAACGCACUACAGAUGGCCCAGAGAGCGCUGGCCCAGGAGCUCUUGUGUCCAGGGGGGGGUCUGAGCAGCUCCUACCACCUGGCCCUGGCCCGCCUGCAGCUGCUCAGGGCAGAGUACGGCAGCGCCGAGUCCAGCCUGAAGGAGGCGCUCAACGACAGCUUUCAGGACCCAGAUGUAUGGGCGUUGUUUGGGCACAUACACCAUCUGACUGGGGAGUUUGGGAAGGCCCAGGAGUGUUACGAGAGGACCCUGGACUUUGUGACGGAUGCCACAGACACACACCCCAUCUACCUGCGCCUGGGAUCCAUCUACCUGCAGGAAGGGGAGUUUCAGAGGGCGAAAACGACUUACCUGCGCGCCUGCAAGAGCUCCCCCUCCUGCCUCACCUGGCUGGGACUAGGGAUCGCCUGUUACCGGCUAGGGGAGCUGACUGAAGCAGAGGAUGCACUGACAGAGGCCAACAUCCUGAACAAUGGGAACGCGGAGGUGUGGGGUUACCUGUCUCUAGUUUGUUUGCAGACGGGCAGAAGACUUGAGGCAGAGCAGUCCUACAAAUACGUCCUGAAGUUGAACCUGCAGAAAGAGGCAGUUCUUCGUGAGAUCAAGGCACUCCAAGAUCAUGUUGGCUUUGGAAAUCCAUGUUUCUGAAGAACAACUGCCGGCACCAUCAAUGAUUUAGGUUAAAACAAAGAUGAAUUGUAAUUCUGGUUGGUAAAUACCUAAUGGUUGGCAUCGCAAAGUGACUGUGAAUUGUGGAAGGAAUUACACAUCAAUGACUUGUACACUUGUCUGCAUCUUCAGCUGUAUCUGAUUAAAAGUUGUUACUUUUGCAUAAUGUAGGAUAUAAUAUUGUGACACAACAAAGAUGUGCAGAUCCAGAGAGAGUAUCUGUCCAGAGGUGGAAAAAGUAGUCAUUUGGCAUACUUGAAUUAAAGUAAAGAAACCAUGAUGAUAAUGACUAAAGUGAAAGUCACCCAGUAAAAUAUUGCUUUAGUAAAAGUC